GACAUCCUCAGUCAAUAAACUGAAGUUUUAACGUUCCGUCAUCAUCAACGUAAUGUUGUAUUGUCCGCGUUUGAAAAACGGCAAGUUGAUUCCACUUUCUUGGCCCGUUGCAGCCUAUCGACUUUUGAAUCAUAUUUGCUGGCCACUACGGGAUGACGCAGGCUACCUGCUGCGGUUGUACGACCGCUUCUUUUGGGCGUUCGGUUUCUUCAUAUUCAUGCAACACAACGACGCUGAGCUGCGUUAUAUAAUUGUCAAUAAUAAUAAUCUGGAUGAGAUGCUAAUUUGUGGACCGACUUAUCUGGUUCUAGUUGAGAUUCAUUUAAGGGCCUUUCAGUUGGGCUUAAAGAAGGAGGCAUUCAAGCGUUUCCUGCAGAAGUUUUACGCAGAAAUCUAUAUAGAUGAGUCAUCUCAUCCCAAACUCUAUGCGAAUAUACAGAAAAGUUUGCGUCCAAUUUGGUUUUAUUCAUUAUUAUAUUUUAGCACUCUAUCGUCUUACGUAAUAAUGCCGGUAAUUAACUAUCUGAAUAAUGUCAAAGCGCCGCUCUAUAAAAUGUAUUACCCGUUCGAUAUCACGCCCAAUCCGAUUUACGUGGCCAUUGUAUUAUCAAACAUUUGGGUAGGUUUUACCGUGAUCACAAUGGUCUCUGGCGAGGACAACGUCCUAUCCGAAGUGAUGCUACAUUUAAAUGGACGUUUUCUGCUAUUGCAACAGAAAUUGCGUCACGAUGCAGAGCGUUUGUUGCACGUAGUAGACGAUAGAAAUAUUGCUGAUGGACUUCGACGUCGGAUUAUUGAAGCCAUUGAAGAAAAUGUUCGCUUGUACAAAUUCGCUGAAGAUUUUGAACGUGAAUUCUCCUUUCGUAUUUUCGUCAAUUUGUCCUUCAGUGCUGGGUUGCUAUGUGUACUGGGCUUUAAGGUGUAUACGACUAAUGAAAUGAGUUCCACUUUCUACGAAUGCAAUUGGGAGCUGGUUUUACUAAAGUCUGGAGAUACGAAAGCAAAUGUGCGUCUAAUGAAAACUUUGCUUUUGGCGAUCAGUACGAGUCAGAAACCAUUUGUUUUGACCGGUUUCAAGUAUUUCAGUGUCUCUUUGACGGCUGUUUUGAAGAUAUUGCAGGGCGCUGGUUCAUAUUUUACGUUUCUGACAUCAAUGCCUGAGCACCAAGUGAGUGAGCGCCAUAACAGCUACUCAGUGGUGCAAAUGCGCCACAAAUCGAAGACACUGUACGGAGGUACUAAAUUGAAUGAGAAGUUUUCACCAAAACACUUUGCCAUUGAGUUCGCCCAAUUCACACACCCACACACAUGCUUAUGGCGCAUACAAACUUCGCAAGGCACUCGGCACUCAAUCGACGCGCAGAAACUCAGUUGGCGUUUCACUCAAAGCGACAGCGGCAACGGCAGUGGCCUGCUGAGUGGCAAAAUAACAACAAUUUGCGGCAAGUGGCACUUGUGCGUAAAUGCUACGCCUACGCCAAUACUUGAGAAUGCCUGCAUACUUAGCCGUAGCAUUGCGGCAAAUGGCAAACACACGCAUGCACAUCUGCAAUGCGCACACAUAAACUCACUUACAGAUGUAGAUGAUGAUGAUAAAUCCAACGGUGUAUAG